AAAAGGCAAAGAAGGUCGACCACGUUAGCUUUUAGCAUUGGACUGUUCCUUCCUCCAUUGGUGUUGGUGUGUCAGCUAAGCUAAGCUAAGCUAAGCCCUAAGCCAAGAGAGACGACGAUGAAGUCAUUGGUGAGACCAUGGACGACUCCUUCCCCUUCUUUAACCAUCCACCCCAACCUUACCUCUACCACCACACAUCUCACUCUACCCAACUCAUUUUCCCUUUUCUCUUCUUCUUCUUCUCCAUCUCGUCUUUUUUCCAUGGCUGCUGCUUCUUCCAAUCAAACUGUUUCAGCGCCAAAAUUUCAAGGUGGCAAUAAAGAUGAUACCGAUGUCUUUCAGUUGAUUCAAUCUCAUCAGGAAAAGGCUGCUCGGUUACCUCCGGUUGAGGAGAUUCGUACGGUUCUUGACCGUAGUUUGCGUGGAACGCUCUCUACUAUUUCGCAGAAACAUGAUGGUUAUCCAUCAGGGUCAAUGGUUGACUUUGCAUGUGACACAGAUGGGUCUCCAAUUUUAGCUGUUAGCAGCUUGGCGUUUCAUUCAAAGGACUUAGCAGCUAAUGGUAAGUGUUCAUUGCUUGUGGCUAGAGAUCCUGAGGAUAGGACAGAUUUAGUGAUUACUCUGCAUGGUGAUGCAAUUCCUGUCUCUGAAAUUGAUCAAGCAUCGGUUCGCAGUGCAUAUUUGGCUAGGCAUCCCAAUGCAUUUUGGGUUGACUUUGGGGACUUCCAAUUCCUGCGAAUUCAACCAAAAGUUGUGAGAUAUGUGUCCGGGGUCGCAACAGCUUUGCUAGGAUCUGGAGAGUUUAGCAGUGAGGAGUAUAAAGAUGCAAAAGUUGAUUCAAUUGCUCAGUUUUCUAAGCCUGUUGUGACUCACAUGAACAAGGAUCAUGAAGAUGACACAAAAGUCAUUGUGCAACAUUCAACAUCUAUUCCGGUUGACUUUGCUUACAUGCUGGACUUGGAUAGCCUUGGUUUCAAUGUUAAGGCGGGUUAUCAAGGAAAUACUUUCAAGCUUCGAAUUCCUUUCCCGAGACGUGCAGAGGAUCGGAAGGACGUGAAGACCCUUAUAGUCGAAAUGCUACGUGCUGCUAAACCUCAAGUUGAUUAAUCUAUAACAGAAUUGAAGAUCUAAAAGGAUAUUGGAGAACUAGAUGUAUGAAUAAAUAGAAAUGUGGUGGGAAAGAAAGGAAUUGUGUAUGUUUGAUGAAUUAAUAUGUUCUGCCCAAAUUGUCAAUGCAAAUUACGUAAGAAUUACUGUAUAUAAAACUCUAUUUUUCUUUCUGAAAAA